AUUUUUUGCUUGCAAACCUUCUAUAAGGGGCCGGGGCAAUGGCUCGUAGCUCCUCCUUUGUCGAGAGCGUGUCGGCCUGUGGCUGUUGGAGCCGGCUGUGAGUAGGAAGGGAUGCCCUUUGGCAACCGCAGAGAUGUCUACUUUGACAAGGCCCAAUAAUAGUUCGGACCUGAAGAGUUUCCCUAGUCCUAUUACGUCACAAAGUAAUUCUUCAUCAAGUUCAUUUAUGAAUGAAACGUGUUGCCAGGCUCCAUCAGCCUUCUAUUCAGUGAAACCCAUCCAGCAUAAAUCAGAGAUAAUCAACAGCCAGCCUCUUCCCAUAUCAGACAAUGGCAAAAGGAAAAAGAAAAAGAGGACAAGAGCUACAGAUCAUUUGCCUGGAAGAUUUGAAGAUUUAUACAAGCUCACUGCAGAGAUGCUUGGUGAGGGCUCCUAUGCCAAGGUUCAAGGAGCAGUUAGCUUGCAGACCGGAAAGGAAUAUGCAGUUAAGAUAAUUGAAAAAAAUGCUGGACAUAGUCGGAGUCGGGUAUUUCGAGAAGUGGAAACAUUGUAUCAGUGUCAGGGCAAUAAGAACAUUUUGGAAUUAAUAGAGUUUUUUGAAGAUAGUGUAAGGUACUACCUUGUGUUUGAAAAACUGCGAGGAGGCUCUAUCCUGACUCAUAUACAGAAGCAAAAGCACUUUAAUGAGAGGGAGGCCAGCCAGGUAGUGAGAGACAUUGCCUGUGCAUUGGAUUUCUUGCACACAAAAGGUAUCGCACAUCGAGAUCUAAAACCUGAGAAUAUACUCUGUGAAUCUCUCAAUAAGGUAUCACCUGUAAAAAUUUGUGACUUUGAUCUUGGAAGUGGGGUGAAACUCAACAGUGCAUGUACUCCAAUCUCUACUCCUGAACUGACUACUCCGUGUGGGUCUGCAGAGUACAUGGCACCAGAGGUGGUGGAAGUCUUCACAGAAGAAGCCACAUUCUAUGACAAGCGAUGCGACCUGUGGAGCCUAGGUGUGAUUUUGUAUAUCAUGCUAAGUGGCUAUCCUCCAUUUGUGGGUAAUUGUGGUAAAGACUGUGGCUGGGACAGGGGAGAAGUCUGCGAAGUUUGUCAGAAUAAGCUUUUUGAGAGUAUCCAGGAAGGCAAGUAUGAGUUCCCUGACAAGGAUUGGUCUGGCAUCUCCAGUCAAGCCAAAGAUCUCAUCUCAAAGCUUCUGGUUCGUGAUGCCAAACUGAGGCUUGGCGCUGCCCAGGUUCUAGAACAUCCCUGGGUACAAGGUCAUGCUUCUGAAAGAGGAUUACCUACACCCCAGGUUCUUCAAAGGAACAGCAGCACAAAAGAGUUGACUCUUUUUGCUGCUGAAGCUAUUGCUCUGAACCGUCAACUCUCCCAGCAUGAAAAUCAACUCAGUGAAGAACAGGAAAGCCUCACACAGGCCAUAUGCUCCAUGAAGCUUUCUCCUCCCUCUAAAUCCCGCCUCGCCAAACGUAGAGCCAUGGCCCAGGCCAACAAAUCCAGUGACUUCCAGCCAGCUCCUCAGGCAGCUCUUUAAUAUACAUUUUAUGUUUGUUAAUUCAAGGUUAGCAUUGGUUAUAACUGUGGUAAGCCACUCAUUACCGAUCAGUAUAUUAGUGCCCUCUUUACAACAAAGAAACUUUUGAGGAGAAUGAUGUAAAGGACAACUUCUUUGGAGUUUUUUUUUUUAAAUGCUUUGAAUUCUUUGAAGUUCUUAAAUGAAAUUGCUGCUCUGUUGCAAUAUAACAAACCACUUAGGCAAUAUUUGCACACUCCCAUCCAAAACCAGAGAAUACAUCUCUGUUGCCAAACCUUGUGACUAAUAGAACUUCGAAUUUAAAGGGUAUUGAGGGAGCUUUCAGUACUUUUACCAAUCCACGUCCCUACUUGCAGUCACAAAAAACUGUAAUGGGUUUAUUUUAGAGAAACGUCAUUGUUCUGCUUUUUUUUUUUUUUAGCUUUCUUUGUCUCUAACAGUGAGUUAAUCUUCAAAGGACAUCAAUAAUAAUUCAUUACUGUUGGGCUUGCGUCUAAUGUUGUUACCCUUUAUAAUAUUACAGGGGAGUCUAUUUUAAGAAUGAAGGUUAUUUAAUCUGGAGUUUCCUUUUUUCCUCCCUUCAUCAGAAAAGGUACAGUACAUGAAAGUGCAUUGAUAAUACGAGGCAUUUUUUUUUAGAAACUGUCUACAAUAAAAAAGUGGUGACAGAUCUUUGAGCUGAAGAGCUGGUAAAGAAUGAUCUUGCUACACUUUGGCAGAGAACCUCCAUUUCACUAAAACAAGGAAUGAGCGCAUUUAAAAAAUGCCUCCUUGAUUUGUUCCCAUAGUGUAAGCAUGGAACCAAGAGAGGGAUUUGGUGCUAGUCCAUCAUCCUUGGUCUUUUGAGUCAUCAUUUGAAUCAUUAUUCCUCAUCUGCUAUUGAAGACCAUCACAGUUAAAAUAAUUACAGCUCCUGUUCAACUUGAAAAUAGAGCAAGUGUCUGACACACCUAUGCACUCAUGGGGCCUUUCCUUUUUCUGGUCACCUUGAAUACUUGAGAAGAAGCACUUAAUUGAUAACUGUGAAAUAUUUACGUAUGUGCCAUUGAUCAAUUUUCCUAACUCUAGGCAAGCAGCUAGAUCCAUAUAGAGCUGGAUAAAUCAGUGUAGACUUGGAGUGGUUCUUGCUGUUGAGACAUAUAUUUCAUAGUUUAUCUUAUAUAAGGACAAUAAAAGUGAAAGUGGAGAAAGGGAUUUUUAUAGCCAGAUUUUUCCAUUAUUGGUUGUAAAUAAUUGCUCAUGUGUUAAUGUUAGGCCUCUCAUACACAGUCAGAGAGAGAGAGAAAUGCGCACACAUAUACAUAUAUACAUCAAUUAAGCAGUCUUACAUCUUGAACCUUGGAAGACCUAGUUCAGUGUAAAUGUUGGAUGGCAAGACAACUUAGGACUGCAAAGUCAGGUUUUUAUUUUAAAAUAUAGUGUACAAUUGUGGUUAAGUUCUCAUGUUAGAUUACAUGAUUACAAUAGUCAUUUUAAACUUACAUUUAGGAAUUGAACAUCUUACAAAUCUUUGGAAAGCUAUUCAUCUCAUGGAAAUUCAUUAAAGAAAUAAAUAUUUGGAAAUUUAGGCCAUUGCAUUACAUAAAGCAGGAAUUAUCUAAUAUUUGAAGAUCAGUAUUAAUUCCGAUUGAGUAGGAAGAUAAAUCCAACAAGUUUAGAAGGAUACUAAGGUUUUCCAAAAUUUGCCUGUCAAAUAACUUCACAUUCUACCUUUAAAUAUAAUUUCUAUAUUUUGUACACUUUUAAGUUAGUAAUGAUGAUAAAAACAUGUACAAUGGGUGCUGCGCUUAAAGCUUUUAUAUAUUGUACAUUUAAUAAUGUUGGUUUUUAAAUACUGUUAAAUUACAGUUACAUUUGUAAUGUACUCCAUGGUUAACUGUGAAAGCAUUGGAUAAACUCAGGAAAUAUCUCCAUAUGACACAUUAUUGCAGUGUAAUGAAAAUUAAAUUUGUCUAAUUUAUAAACUAGUAUGCUACUUUAUUCAUCUGUACAGUAAAAGAAGCACUCCCUUUCACAAUCUGGAAUUCAAAGGGUGUGUUAUAUAAUGGACAUUAAACUUUCU